UUUUUUGUGAAAUUUAUUUCAAAUAGUCAAAGAAGGGAUAAUGUUUUCCAAGAACAUUAUCUUCCAAGCAAGAUUUUUUGUGAAUUUUAUUUCAAAUAAUCAAAGAAGGGAUAAUGUUUUGUGUAAUGAACAUUAGCAGCAUUGUUACACUACUCGAUUUCCUCUUCUGCCUCUCGACUAACAACCUUACUACAACAUGGAGAAGAACGACGUAUCAGAAGACCUGUCCGAUUGGGAGGACAUAAAGCUGAACAAUAACAACUCAAUGCACAACAAUGGCUCAAAUUUUGCUCCAAAUGAUCAUGAAGACCGAACUGUCCCGACUCCGCGCAACAACGAACAAGUCCACGAGCCACAGCCAUUUUUGUCAGGGAUAAUGUCAUCUGGUGGCGACGAUGGUAGAAAAGAUGGAGUCGAAAGGGUGGAAAGAGAUGUUAACCAGUCGAAAAGAUUGAAUUUGGGAGUCUUGAAUUCGGGUAUUUUUCGGAUUUUACUUAAGAUAAGAAAAUUUGAUUGCUUUAAGGUUGGAUUGUGGUCAGUUUCUGGAGUCGCAGCAGUUGUUUUAGCGUCCUUGUUGCAUAGGAGAGUGUUGAAAUGGUGGAAAUCAAUGAAGAUGGAGCAGAAGGAGCACCUAUUACUUCUCAUCAAAGAAAAAGACCAGAAAAUAAAUCAACUUUUGCUCCGAAUUGCCCAAAUGAAUGAUAUUAUACUAGCGCGCCGGAAAGUCCCAGUUCUUCGAGCGAAUUGAAUUAUUGUGCAUUGGGAUUCUUCCUCAUUAUUCUCAAUACCUGGAAAAAUGGUCAAAUCAAGUCUUUCUACGACUCGAAUGAGCACUUCAAAGAUGCAUGACUUUCUUGAUAGAAGAUAUGCUUCCAUAGGGCAAUUCGAUAAAUUUAUGGCAAGUUUUGGGACGUGAAUAAGAAUGUACAAGAUUCAGAAUUUUUUUUUUUUUUUUAUUCUGUCUGCAAUAGAUGUUGAAAGUGAAUUAACGCUGUAAGUAAAACCUAUAGUUAUAAUCAAGCUCUACUUCCAUUUU